AUGGCGGUGCGGCCGUGGUGGGUGGUGGCGGUGGCGCGGGCGUCGGCGGCGGGGUGGCAGCGCGUCGCGUGCAACCCGGAGACGCUCCCGCCCGACCGCGUCCUGGCCCUGCUCUGCUGCGGCCCGCUCCACCUCCUGCUGCGCUUCGCCGCCUUCCUCUGCGUCCCUUUCAUCCCCGCCCACCGCUUCGCCUCACCUCGGCGCCGCCGCGCGCAGCCGCAGCCGCACCGCCUCCUCCUGCUCCCGCCUCCGGAGCUGUUGCUAGCGCGGUACUCCCCUCCCCCUUCAUCGUCCUCCUCAUCAUCAUCAUCCGACGAGGAUGACGAAGACGACGACAUCGAGGACGGGGAUUUCAUUCGCCCUCACGUCGAUUGAGGUUGCUUAGGAAUAUUCGCUGGAAGAGAGCAAACUUCGGUCUUCAGUUUCAAAGAUUGAACACUUGCCUGCGGUACCUCACUCGAAACCAUCAGGCCUUCUAUCUCUCAGUCUUCAUGACCUAACAUUUUGAGGAUCAUCAUUGUUAAUAAGUUCAUUGUCAGUGUAUAUUAUUGCAUUGUAUAUAUAAUAUAAGUGAGACUCAUCACCAAGUAGUGGUGGUGAAAUGUCACCUGUGUAUUUGAAAGUCGGAACGCAAUUCCAAAUUUGAAUUGAAGAUGUUUGUGUUCAUAUGUGGAAAUAAUAAGGUCUCAUCAUUGCUA